GCAGUACUGCACUGUGGUCCGUACGCGUUCCGUUCUUGUUGUGUGUGCGUAAGUAGUCAGAAAAAAACGAGUGAUAUAUUAUUAGCGAUGACAUAACACGAGAAACCUUCAUAGAAAAUUAUGGCAGACGAGAUUAACAAAUGAAAAGUCUCACAUCUUUUUCAGAAGAGCAUAGAGUGUGGAGAAUAAACCCAAAACGUUUUCAUCUGCAAGUGACGCUCAAGUUCACUCAUGACUCUAGCACACUUGGCAACUUCCCGUCGACAGCGCCUGGACGUCAAAGUAUCAUAUCGCAGUGGCAUGAUAAAGUGCAACAAAACAUCUCAAGGAUAUGUAGAAAAGUAAAGAAAAAAUAACUCAGUGUCUGGAGAUAAGAAUCCAAAAGUUUUUUUUUUUUAUCUGUCUAUUGUGAUUUCGUCGAUCGACAACUGCAGGGGCUGUUUAGAAGGGGUUCGUGUCUCCGUCAUGGAAGGAAGGAAAAUGCUGGCAGUCGCCUUGCAGGAGAAACUGCAGUGGGAGGGCGGAGUCCUGCGCGGGGCGUCCUUGCUGACCGAGACACCUCACACGUGGCACCUCCUUCUGCAGGACCCUUUUUCCGGCACCGAUUGCAUGCUGUUGAAGGCCGAAAAGGGAAACUAUAUCCUCCACGUAUGCUGCAGGAAGAGAAAAUUUCCUUAUAUCAGUAAUAAAAGGAAUGCUCACAUGGUCAAACUGAGAAGAGUUUGUUUUGAUAGAGUCAAAGAAAUCAUUGCAGGGACCGGCUGGGCGUCGGUACCAGCAAGUAAGAACUCGGUUGGCUUGACAUUGCAGGGCAGGUUAAACAUCCACUGUGUCAAUAUCUGCCUGAUGCUUCAUUUCGCGGUGCACAAAAAUUCGUUGGUGGCAACCUGUCCCCACAAAAUCACUCGUAAAAGGGCGCACGGCGAGAUUUCCAGUUCAGUCACUUACUUCACGGCGCUACGUAAAGGUGUAGUGCACUGCAAAAAGGCGGAAUUGCCGACGGAAAUGGGCGUAAACGCUGGAGCUACCUAUACCUCCAUUCUCCAUAAUGAUGACGAAAUAGCCCGGACGAUUCUGAGGAGAGUUGACGAAAGAGUGAAACAGACAGUUAGGAGGAAUGCAGAGACCGUCCGCCUCUUCGCCGAGCGCCUACAGAAGAACUUCCACGCGGGGGACUACCUUGCCGGGGCUGACAUCAUGCACGCCGGCAGCGCGUACGAGGGCCUGACGGUGAAGCCCAAGACGGACUUCGACGUGAUCGUGGUCCUCGCCCUGAAGUGCCUGGAGGACGGCUUCGAGGUGAUUCGCGAUGAAAGUAUGUUCUUUAAGCUGAAAACAAGGAAUGGCUUCGUCCUGGCUGAGAAACUCCAGAAGUUUCUAUUUAAGGAACUGACCGAGUGCGUAGGGAGGACUAAGGUAGACGGAGCGAGCAUCAGGUGUCGAGAGGGACUGGCUUCGCUCGACGUUGAGAUAAAGACUAAAUACGACAAGAUCUCGGUCGAUUUGUCCCCACAGAUCCCAGUUCGAACAUGGGGAAGAUGCCCAGAUCUGGUUAGUCUCGCCAGCCUCCCUCGUUGUCUCCGGCAUUAUAUCGACGUGCUGAACAGGAACAAAUCUCCAGUGAUGUUCUUCAGCCCAGCUGUUCCCGGACACCAUAGAAACCAAGACGUUCUGUGCAACGUGUCUUUUUCAAUGCUUGAGAAAACAUUUCUUCGGAAUGAUGCAACACUCCGCGAUAGUGUGCGCCUCGUCAAAGCCACAGCCGUGUGUCUGGAUUGGAAGGAGAAGUUCGGUCUCAAGUCGUUUCACAUCAAGCGAGUCGCGAUCAAGUAUUCGGACGAGUUGGAAGGCCUAACUUUGUGGAAUGGCUAUAAGCAGCUCCUCCGCAACCUGAUGGAAGAACUCACCAGCACACACACGUUUGAUGGCUUUUUCGUCAGCAACCAAGUCACCUACAAGAAGAAACCAGAGAGAGUUUACAUGUUGAAGGAAGAAAUCAAACAAGUUAUCACAUGGAGUUCAACCAAGCUGAUGCAGGUGUGGUCACAGAAGGCGAGGCGACCGUGAGGGAGGAGAUCCAAGGAAAGGAAAGUUACAGAGAGGGAUGAAAGUCUGCCCUCUCCAGGAUACGCCGUAUUCAAAUGUAGAAAAGAUAUGAAUGCGAAUUAUUGUCUCCACACUACAAGAGAUGUUUUUAACCGACUUCGAGUAUCUCAGAAGUACAUCUGACGGUUAAAUACAUCUCUUGUAUUGUGAAGAUAUCCAUUCUCAUUCAUACCUUUUUACUAGGAGUCAUUUUUGGACUCAAUGAUCCCUGUUACAUGGUGAUAUAUGGGGUUUGCAGAGAUGCCUUUGUGUUGGUUUCAAAAUUGUAUGUAUAUAUAUAUAUAUAUAUAUAUAUAUAUAUAUAUAUAUAUAUA